CAAUCACAGCAAAUUGUGUAAGAAAGGAGGGCAAAGACCAUCGUUCUUCCUACUUUAACUGUCCCCCCCAGUAGACGCAACACAGCAAUUGAUCUUUCAAAAAUGGCAGGAAAGCAGAUCUCAAGAUCAAAAUCCCGAAUCAUCCUCUUAUCCCUCUCUCUCCUCGGUUUCUCUCUCCUCAUCUUCCUCUCUUCUCUCUCUCCUCUCCGCACUACCUCCCCUUCCUCCACCCACUUCCACCUCCCUACUACUUCCCACACUUCCUUCGUCACCUCCCUCGAACACUUCCUCAAAACCCACCCCUCCCCCUCUCUCCCCGACGACACUCCCCAUAAACCACUCACCGAUCAACACGUCACCAACCUCGACAACUCCGUUUUCCAUUCCGAAACAAAUCGACUCAAUUCCGAUCCUUUUUACCCUAUUUCUCUUCCUCUUAAGGUUUACGUCUAUAACAUGCCCAACAAAUUCACCUACGAUUUGCUUUUACUCUUUCGAAACACGUACAGAGACACUUCCAAUCUCACCUCUAAUGGCAGCCCCGUUCACCGUCUCAUCGAACAGCAUUCUAUUGAUUACUGGCUUUGGGCUGAUCUUAUUGCUCCUGAAUCAGAAAGAUUGUUGAAAAGCGUUGUUAGGGUUCAUCGACAAGAAGAAGCUGAUUUCUUUUACAUACCUUUCUUCACCACUAUAAGCUUUUUCCUCUUGGAAAAACAACAAUGCAAGGCCCUUUAUAGGGAAGCUUUGAAGUGGAUUACCGAUCAACCUGCUUGGAAGCGCUCUGGUGGGAGGGAUCACAUACUCCCAGUGCAUCAUCCGUGGUCUUUUAAAACUGUUAGGAGAUAUGUGAAAAAAGCAAUAUGGUUGUUGCCGGAUAUGGAUUCCACAGGGAACUGGUACAAACCAGGGCAGGUUUAUCUUGAGAAAGACCUGAUUCUUCCCUAUGUUGCCAAUGUUGAUUUCUGUGAUGCCACCUGUUUGUCUGAAAUAAAUCCCAAGAGAAACACACUUCUUUUCUUUCGGGGCCGGCUCAAAAGAAAUGCGGGAGGAAAAAUACGUUCUAAACUUGUAGAUCAAUUAAGAGGAGCUGAUGGUGUAGUUAUAGAGGAGGGUACUUCCGGAGAAGGGGGAAAAGAAGCAGCUCAAAAUGGCAUGCGCAAGUCUUUAUUUUGCCUAAACCCUGCUGGUGACACUCCAUCCUCUGCUAGAUUAUUUGAUGCCAUUGUUAGUGGCUGCAUUCCCGUUAUAGUAAGCGACGAAUUGGAGCUUCCUUUCGAAGGGAUACUUGAUUACAGGAAGAUAGCUUUAUUUGUUUCGUCCAAUGAUGCUCUGAAACCCAGUUGGCUCUUGAAAUAUUUGAAAGACAUUCGAUCUGCUCAUAUAAAAGAAAUGCAACAAAAUCUUGCCAAGUACUCGAGGCAUUUCCUGUAUUCUAGUCCAGCUCAACCGUUGGGUCCUGAAGACUUGGUUUGGAAAAUGAUGGCUGGCAAGGUGGUAAACAUCAAGCUUCAUUCCCGUAGAUCUCAACGUGUAGUGGAAGGAUCUCGAAAUGUGUGCACAUGUGAAUGCAGGCCUGGCAACAUUACUAAUACUGUCUCAACAAUCUCUUGAAUCUUGCAUCACAUUGUUUUCUUUAUAGAUAGAUGUGCUAAAAUCUGUAGUUUUUCUCAAUUAUUUUUUAUGUAAGUGUCUUAUGCAAAUUCUUUAUUCUUUAGUGGGCUAUUUUGUUGUUUUACUUGGUACCUGACACGAGAAAGUAUUUAUAUGUUAUCUUCUUUAGUAUAUCAGCUUUAAAACAAAGAUCAUAAUUGCUUAUUGUCA